UUGAAAGAUGUCCCCAUAUACAUGUAAUUACAUUGUUUACUUUAAUUUUCAGGAAUCUAUUUAUUAGCCGCGUAUAUUUAUGUAUUUGAAAUGCGGAGUGAAGUAAAAAAAAAGUUUUUGCAAGCUUGCAUGAACCACGGCAGUUUAAGCACAGAACAAAUUAGUGAAAUACUAGGACCAAUUUCUCAAUCAUAUGAUGAUUUGGAUCUGCUAGGAGAUGUAAGAAAUUUGGUGAAAGAAAUUAACAAUGAUAUAAAAGAAUUUAACCAAGAAUUAAAAUUCGUAAAACAUCCACUACUGGGAAAGGAAUUUCUGGUGUUUGGUCUUACAUUUGAAACUCCAGCGAGUAAACUUCAGCACCACUAUCGGGAAGCAGAUCAAUUGUAUUUUGCAAAGCUACUAGAGUCAAUGGUUGUUCAAGAAGAUUACGGUAUAUCGUGGGUUGAUAUGUACAAUCUGCCCAAUCUUCCAGAUGCUGCAAAAAAAGAUUUAACAAAAACCCGAAUUCAUGAUUUGACAACAAAGUGGACACAACAGGGGUACUUUUUUGAAAAAGAUGAUAAACUGUUUUUCGGUCCACGUAUGUUGGUCGAAUACGCAAGCCAUUUAAAAACACAUUUUUCUGAAUACAUAAAAGAUUGCCCGCUUUGCAAAAAUGUAGUUCUAUGGGACAUAAAAUGUGAUCGAUGUGAAAUAAAAGUCCACAAAGAAUGCAUACGGACAUAUUUGAAGCGAAAAUCAAAUUGUCCAUCCUGCAACGAAGUUUGGAGUACGGCAUUGAAUUAAUUUCCCGCCAAUUUUUUAUUUCAAAUAUUGUUACUAAUAAAUUUACUUUACUGAAAAC